AUGACUACGACAACUAUUGACAACGCCCGGGAGGGCCGAAGGCUUGUCCGAAUGUACAGCGGUGACGUCGAGGGCAGGCUGCCAUAUGGUAGCAACGCUCAAGUCCUGGGUCAGGUCCUGGGUCAAAAUCAUCCUGACCCAAGAGACGUAGCGAAUCCAUGGCGGAAGUUCUUCGAGACCUGGGAACCUGGAGAGACCGAGCUGGACCCUAUCACAGAUGUGAUCACCAUCGAGUCGAACAAGCUUCGGGAGAAUUUCCUCUCUUUCCUGACCAAUUGCUCGGGUCAGGAUCGACUCAACCUGGCCAGAUCGGAGCCGACUAUGGAAGGCGUCAUUGAACUUGUCCAAGAGGUCACUGCGGCUGCCCAGGCUAAGAAAGACAGCAGCCGUCGAGGCAAGGCGAUGAAGUAUUUCCACAAGUUCUGCAGGACCGUUGAUUCGCAUAAGGCAAUGUUGGAGAUCAUCCCACAAGGCAGCGAGUAUGUGUCCAUUCUAGCCGGCACGUUGACCGUCGUCAUACAGGCCAGUAUAAACCACGAGCGCAUGGCCGAGGACUUAUCAGAGGCGCUUUGCAGCAUCAGCGAGUACGUCGUGGAGUGCAAAGUCGAGCUCGAGCUUUUCAGAACCCAGGCCAUGAUGAAACUGAUUGCGGACUUCUACGCGCAUAUCUUUGUCUUCCUCUCGGACGUGAUGGAUUGGAUUGCCGAGAAAAGACGACGCAGGCUACUCGACUCUUUCAACGAGAACUUCUACCAGAAGUUCGAGGACAAGAUCGAAACGAUCAAGCGAAAGUCGGAGAUGAUCCGAAACCUGGCAGCUCAGAGCUCGCGGGCCGAGCAGAGGGCCACGAGACUCACUCUAGAGGAGUUGGCCAAGGAUGUCAGAGUCGGUCUCGUGGGUGAAGAGCGUCGACAUGCCGAGAUGACCUAUUUUGCGGAGAGGAUGGAAAGGGAGCUUUUGGCCAGGCAGGAAGAAAGACAGCUGCAGAGUGACCAGCAGUUGAAACAGCUGGCUGAGCGGCUCACAAGUAUGCUGCAGGAUAAAGCCGUGGUUUGGAUUGGUGAUAUGCGUUCAGUGAACGGAGGACUUCCCCUGGGCCUCACAGAACUCCAGCACCUCGCUUCUCCGCUCCAGAUGUUGAGUGGUGCAGGGGGUUAUUCUCGAAGUGGCUCACCAGCAAUCGUUGGAUGGACAGCUGAGGAAGUCUUGUUGAACUCCAGACACAUGGAAGAUUUCUUCCAUCGAGAUCGGAUCAGACUACAAACUGAUCUUUCUAGCCCGACUCCAGUGACGAGUGAGGCUCUCAGCCGACUCGCCGAGUGGAUGAAGAGUCAGUCUUCGUGCUUUCUUUGGCUGGAAGGCCCGCAUACAGAAGCCGAUGACUUCGACAACGCCAUGACUAUAUUGGCGAACAAGGUCGUUGAACUAGCAGAAGAAGCUCAUGUGCCCGUCGUAUCCUGUUGCGAACUGCGCCGAGGGGAACGUCUCAGGUCUGGCAACGACACGCGUGAAGCUCAGUCGACAGUGGCUUUGACGUGUGCACUUUUGCGGCAGAUGGUAGAGCACUUGCUUCCGAGGUUCGAAACAGAAAUUGAUCUUUCAGCGAGCCGUCUCCGAGUCCUGGAUGGGUCGAUCCUAUGCUGGUCGCAGAUGUUGCAACUCUUCUGCGAUCUCCUGCCACUCAUGCCCGAUACUCUGCUCUGUGUUAUUGACGGCCUUCAGUGGCUUGGCGACCGAAGCACCGAUGUGUACUUGGAAGAGCUGCUCCAGGCGAUGAGGGGUACCAAGCUGAGGGUUCUGUUCACGACGACGGGCAGGUCGGUUUGCUUACGGAAGCAGCUGCAGCCGAACGAGACUCUGGCAAUUGAGGCUGUCGACUUGCGAGAAGCGGCGUGGGGAUUGGACAGGAAUAACUCGUGGGCUUUAACAUCCACUUGA